AUGGGAUACAAGGUGCAGGACAAGUCUUCCAAGACGCUGGACGCAGGCGGGGCCGCCGGGGCUGGUGGAGACGGGAGCCUGGGGUCCUUGGCAGCGCAGGGGAGAUCUGCCCGCCACCGCGAAGCGAGGCACGGCCUGCGCACCCCCGCUCCGCCCCACCUCCCGGCCGCCGGAGUCCUUUUAAAAAGCAGCGUGUGGGCGGGUUUCGCUCGGAACACCCCUGGUCCUCACGAGCCUGCCCGUCCUCCAGCCCGGAUUGAGGGCGCCGCUCCCUCGGGGGCCCAGAGCCCGCUGCCGCAGUCGUCCGAUCACUCUCCCAGGACAACCCCCAUGGCGCGAGCACGGCCUGGGCCGGCGUCGGUCUCUCUCCUCCGGCCUGGCCCAUGCCCCCCACCCACCCAGCAGCGGCUGCCCGAGUUUGGGGCCCUCUGUUUCCCUGGACUCAAGAACCACGCACAGGAGGGACGAUCGGAUAGUGCGAUUUAUUGCCCCCGCGCCCUCCUCCCGCCGCGCCCACGCCUGGGAUGA